AUGGGACCCGUGGAGGCUGUUCUCGACAUCAACAGAUACAGUUCGUUGGACCGUCUAUUAGAAGUAACAGCCUAUGUCCAGCGGUUUGCCAGGAAUUGCUUGAACCCUCAAGACAGAAAAACUGGCCCAUUGACUCCUAAUGAGCUACAGGAGGCGAGGGUUUACUGGAUUCGUAGGGUUCAAGAAGAUUCUUACAAUGAAGGUCGUGGUCAUGUGCCUCCCGCGUUGAAGGACCUUCAGUUUUUUGUGGAUAACCAAGGCAUCAUUAGAGCCAAAGGACGCCUUCAACAUCUACAAACGUCUGAACAAGCGAAGCAUCCAAUCAUCCUGCCGGCCGAUCAUCAUUUUACGGCUCUGGUGGUACAGAAGGCCCAUACCCGAGUACUUCAUGGAGGCGUUCAGAGCACUCUCGCGGAACUCCGAGAAGAAUAUUGGGUUCAGCGGGGUCGGCAAUCAGUGAAGCGAAUUAUCAGAAAAUGUGCCAUCUGCGCAAGGUUCAGAGCUCGCCGUGUCGUCGUGCCUACGGCCUCCCUUCCGAGUUUUAGGAUAGAAGCGAAUCAACCUUUCACAGUGGUCGGCGUCGACUUUGCUGGCCCGCUAUACGGAAAGAAAAGUAAUGAUAAGUACUACAUAGUCCUGUUCACGUGUGCUUCUACUCGCGCCAUUCAUCUGGAGGUUACGUCGGCGGCAACCGCUGAAGCGUUCCUGAUGAGCUUUCGCAGAUUCGUUUCCAGAAGAGGACUACCGACAACCGUUUAUUCCGACAAUGCUCUGAGUUUCAAGAAGGCCGACAAAGAACUUCGCAUUCUAUGGAAAGCGACAACAGACUCAGAUGUCUGCGGGUACUUCACGCGUCACAAAAUCACAUGGAGAUACAUCCCCCCUGGAGCUCCCUGGUGGGGAGGAUGGUGGGAGAGGUUGAUCCGGACCGUGAAGAAUACACUUCGAAAAGUUCUUGGGAAAGCUUGCCUACAGUUCGAAGAGCUGCGAACGUUGAUGAUAGAAGUAGAGUCGGUUUUAAACUCUCGUCCCAUCACCUACGUAGGAAACGACCCAGACGAGUUUGAUGCUCUGACACCGUCUCACUUUCUUUUGGGCAAAAGAAGUAUUGCGCCACCUCCAUCGGUCACCUCAUCGAACAAUGACUGCUCGACCACAAGAAAGGACGAGUUUACGCGUCGGUUGAGAUACCGAGAAAAGGUCAUGAAUGAUUUUUGGCAACGCUGGAAGCGAGACUAUUUAUUGCAACUACGAUCAGCUCAUCACUUUUCCUCAUCCUUUACGACGAAGUUAGCGGUGGGCGAUGUUGUCCUCAUCGAGAGCAAGUUGCCACGGAACAUGUGGAACUUAGGAAGGGUGGUGAAGACGUUCCCUGGGCAAGACGGCACUGUGCGAUUAUGUGUCGUCAAACACACUAACGGCAAGUUCGUCACGACUGCUGCUGCCUAUUUCAUCUGGAAGUUUAGAACUCGUCAUUCGCCGCGGGAGGAUGUGGAAUAUUUCAAUGAAGAGGAAGACGGUGAACGAGAACGGCUAGCGCGCACUUUUGAUUACGAGCUUUUGGGCAUUCUCAGUUUUGGAACUGACCGGUAA